UUCUUCCAUUGCUCGCUGGUUAUUGAAUUGAACUUUAUUAUAUUUUUCAAGUUUAUCUGAAAACACUUAUUGGAUUAUCUUCAACAUCAUAAUUGAGCUACAUUAAUUGGUUUCUUGAGUGAGAAAUAUUUCUGAUUUUGCAUUGAAUAUAAUGGAUGGACUGGUUUCUGAUUAGUGGGUUAGUUUUUCAAGAUUACCCGCCACCUGAAUCUCAAAACCCUAAUACCCAAGCAAAGGCUUCCAUAACCAGUUUGACCGAAUCCCCAAUCAGAAACUAGUGAGUCAAGUACAUGGAUAUGGAUGGGGAAUUUUGGGCUUAAAAAAAAAAAAAAACAACCUAUAUGUAUGCUAUUGUAAUUGUAUAUUAGCAUUGUGAAGCCCACCCAGAGCUCUCAGCCUCUCACGUUCUCGCAGAGACUCAGAGACCUUAAUCGGUUCAUCUCUUCGUCUUCUACUGUUCUUCUUCUAAAAAGGCCUCAAUUCCAGACUCAAAUACAAUCAGUAAACUGUUAUAAUUCUUGAAAUUGUAAGUAUGUGUUCAAUUCAAUCAAAAUUGAAUUUGAGACAAAUUUUAGGAUUAAGGAUUGAUGUCGAAUUCAAUUUGGGGCAAAUCUCAGACACAUGAGCCAAGCCUUGGGCAUAGACAAAUCAUAAUCGUUUCUUCAAUCGCAUAUCAUUUGCCUUCAUAGAGUCGUGAUUCGUGCUAAAGAGCGCCUCCACCAUCAAGAUCAAACCCAAACCCUUUUUGUUGCUGAAUUUCGUCGCAUCUCCCUUCAGCUUCGAAACCAGACUCUUCCAUCCCUCAGUAUUCACUCUUAACCAAUACCUCGAGCUUCAAUUUUCUCCCUCUCUGGGUCCCUGAUCUUCCUCCUCUGCUCAAAGAUCACACCUUUCGAAUCGUCGUCUGUUCAUGAUCGAACUUAGCUUUUCGUCCAUGGUGAUGAGGAAUCGGACCUUGCUUUACAGAAAGUACAAGGAUGCGUUGAAGACCGUCCGCUUUCCGGUGAGCUCCUCUGCCUCGACGUCCACCAGCUCUGGCGCUAGAGGUCCCGUCAUCGAAUUGUCAUUGUUUAUGCAUUAGAAUCGAUCCUAUGCAUCAUAAUCGAUCUCAGUAAUUCAAGUAGAAGAAGAAGAUCAGUAUGAAACAGUGAGGAAGAGGAAGGGUGGCAGUGUUACCUGAUAAUAUAUCGGUGAGAGAAAGCUUUUGGAAUUUAGGACGAGGGAGGGAGAGGCCGUCAUUGGGCAACGCACGAGCAGACUUAGGUGACUAAGCCAGGACUUUAUUGAGCAAAAGGUCAGCAGGGUUCACCAAUUCAAUAGAUGUUUACCAAUGAUAGGAGGCAAGAAGAGCGAACCGGAAGAUAUGGUACUUCAAGGCUGCAAUACCUUCAGGAAUUGGUGACUCAAUUUCAGAGUACUACCUGUGAAGAAUCAAAAGAGAAGAUUGUUGCUAAUCUGGCGAACUUUGCGUAUGAUCCUUACAAUUAUACCUAUUUGCGCCAGCUCAAUGUGGUGGAACUUUUUCUGGACUGCAUAACAGAACCAAAUGAGAAGCUUGUGGAAUUUGGGUUAGGCGGAAUCUGCAAUUGUUGCCCUGAUCCGGCCAAUGCAGCAAUUGUCACCCAGUGUGGCGGGAUACCCCUUGUUAUUCAAUGUCUAUCAAGCCCGGUUAGAAACACCGUGAACUAUGCAAUUGGAUCACUUUAUUAUCUCUGCAACACAUCUAAUAUGGAAGAGAUUAUAAAGCCAGAAGUGGUUGACGUCAUGAAGAGAUAUGCUGCUGCUGAAGCAGCAAAUGUCAGCUUUAGUAAUCUAGCCAAAGCAUUUUUGGACAAACAUGUUUCCAAAAAUGAACUCUGAGAUAGAUUAGGUCUGUUGUUAGAUGAGCUAUCGAAACGCAGCCUUUCUUCGUUAUUAACAUUCACGUUUGCUUGUUCAGAAAAUUUAGUUGAUUCUUGGUUUGGCUUGGUAACUGCAAUCAUCUCUCUGUUUAUGGUACUUGUAUAUUUGAUUGUAUAGUGAUGUAAUCUUGAUAUAGUUUGAGCCUUUGAGGGUGAUUCGAUAAAUACAUUGGCUUCGUAGCUGC